AUGCUUUCUGGAGCAGUUAUAAUCUCGCAUUUCCUUUUCCAUCUUACUGUGGCUAUUGAAGGUGAUCAUUGGGGUGUAGCAGAUGCUUGGUGGGCGAAAUUACUUGGUUUUGUAAGGUUCCUACUGAUGUUCUUUCUUCUCGACUCCUAUGAAUAUGUUGAUAUGUUUCGUGGAAAUUGGAAUAGGUCUUUGUUCAGUCAUUUGGUUGCUCAUUUUAAAGUUGUAUGGUUUCUGCAGAGAUCAGUCCCAGAGUCCUCAUGCAGUGAUUUAUUCCCUCCUCAUUCACAUAAUCGUGGGUUCAAGGUCCUAUGUUACUUGUUCCUGCCUGCAGUACAACUGCUGUUGGGAAUUAGCCACCCAUCAUGGGUUUCUCUGCCAUUUUUCCUCUGCAGCUGCAUUGGACUUGUCAAGUGGUCAAUGACAAGUAAAUUUCUUGGGCUCUUUUGGUGCUGGAGAUAUCUUUUAUUCUAUGCAGGCGUCAACAUCAUUCUGUUGUAUGCAUAUCAGCUACCCCUUGAAUUCUCAAACAUGCUUGAGCAGUUUGCUGAUCUCACUGGACUCUACAAGUUCUCUCUCAAAUCAGAUUGGCCAGAAAUUUGUUCUGGUAUCUCACUUUUACUUUUCUACUCCAUGCUUUCAUAUGUCAGACAUGACUUGAUUGAAAUAAAUGAAAUCUUCUCCACCAAACAAACUGACUUGACUGAGCAGCUUCUUCCUAAGACACAUUCUUUUCUCAUUCAUGAGCUAAGAUGUAACGUGAUGCGCACCAGCAUUUUGCACAGUGAAGCAAUUAUGUGGAGAUUUACUAUCAACUUCUUUACUUAUGGAUUUCCAGUCUCUUUAUUUGCUCUUUCCUUUUGGAGCUUUCAGUUCACAAGCCUGUGUUCAUUUGGAUUACUCGCAUAUGUUGGCUAUGUUAUAUACGCCUUCCCAUCCUUGUUUCACUUGCACCGGUUAAAUAGUCUUCUUCUAGUGUUUAUUCUAUUAUGGGCUGCUUGCACAUAUAUCUUCAACAUCAUAUUCACGCUGCUCAAUAAGAAACUAGAAAAGGACAUGGCACUGUGGGAAGCUAUUGGCUUGUGGCACUACUCUAAACCAGGUUUAUAUCUACUAGCACAAUUUUUUCCUGCAAUCCUGCUUACUAUGGGGAAUCUUGUCAACAGCACUGUGUUUUCGUACUUGAUUGAUGGUGAUGGGCAACCUAAAUAUCGGAACCUUGCUGCUCAAGAGAAAGAGGAGAAAGAAGUAUUUGUCAUAGCUACAAUAGCAUGGGGAUUUCGCAAAGGUUCUCGAGCAAUUGUGCUGGUGCUGUUAUUUUUCAUUGCACUGAGACCUGGUUUUGUUCAUGCUGUAUAUAUGAUAUUCUUUAUGAUUUAUCUAUUAAGUCACACCAUUAGUAGGAAGCUUCGUCAAUCAUUGAUUCUUUUAUGUGAGGCGCAUUUUGCUGCACUUUUCAUUCUUCAACUAAAUGUGAUCUCCAGAGUCCUAGAAGAGAAAGGCUCUUGGGCUGCAGAAAUUUUCUCACAGUCAGGUUUGCUUGAUGGCACUAGCUCCAUGGAGUUUGCAACAAUUGCUGGGCUGGCAUCCUUCUGUGCCAUUCAAAAUCAUGGAUUUGACAUACUUUGUUCAUUUUCAACAAUUGUACAGUUCACUCCAUUACCUCCUUUUGGCUGGAGAUUUUGGAAAGCUGGGUUGAACAAAUCCGUACUACUUUCAGUUUAUGCUUUAAUAUCUAGAGGGAUCGAGUAUGAUAACUCUCUUCCUGAGCAAAGAACAAUGUUAUAUCUGAGUGCAAUUGGACAGAAGUUUCUCCACGCAUAUCGAGCGUGUGGAACCUACAUUGUCUGUUUGACUGUACUUCUCACAGUUUACCACGUAAAACCUAAUUAUAUAUCAUUUGGAUACCUGUUCUUCCUCCUACUAUGGAUGAAUGGAAGACAACUAAGGGAGAAGACAAGCAGAUACUGGUGGUUUCCUUUGAAAGUUUAUGCAAUCUUGGUUUGUAUUCUCAUUUAUUGUCUGAAUGUCUUUAUCAGCUUAAAGAGAUGGUUGUCUAGUUUGACAGAUCUUUACCAUGUCUUUGGCUUUAAUCCUGAUGCUUCAAGCAUAGAAAAUAUCUGGAUGUCAUUGGCAGUUCUUGUUGUCAUGGUCUUGUAUAGCUAUGAGAGGAGAAGAAGCAGGUCCUUGAAUUUAGCAGAUAAAGAAACAGAAGAAAAUGUAAAAUUUUCCUUUAUGAGGCGUCUUCUUAUUUGGCAUUGUGAGAAAGUAUUAUCUCUUUCCUUAUUCUAUGCAUCAGUGUCCCCGAUAAGUGCAUUUGGUUUUGUUUACCUUAUCGGCCUGGUCAUCUUUUCAACCUUCCCAAAAUCCUCCCAUAUUCCUUCGAAAAUAUUUCUAGCUUAUUCGGGGUUUCAUUUAGCGAUGGAUUAUCUAUUCCAGAUGUGGGGUGAAAAAGCAAAAAUGCUUCCUGGUCAGACAAACUUUAAUUUAUCUCUCCUUUUGGGCUUUCGAUUGUUUGAGCAUGGCUUUUUUGGUCUAGAAUCAGGCAUGAGAUGUAAAGUUUUGGUUAUUGCUGCAUGCUUACUCCAGUACAACAUCUUUCAUUGGCUGAAAAAGAUGCCAAGCAACUAUGGACAUCAUGACAAAUGGGAGGAGCCUUGUGCUUUGUUUAACUUGAUGGAAGAACAGCCUAUAGCAGGCCCUUCUUAUGCCAAAGAAAGUGAGCCUUCUGCAGAAACAAGCGCAUUUUUAAGAAAGCAUAAGGGACCGAUGAGUAACUCGUGGCCAUCUUUAGAAACUAGUACUGGAGUUUUGGAGAAUAGGAACAGAAAUGAUACAUUCAGACGUAUCUGGGGAAGCUCCAAGGACAGCUUUAAGUGGAAUAGAAAGUGGAUUCUUCUUUUACGAAAGGAAAGGCUCGAAAUGCAAAUGACCACCAUAAAAAUAUAUUUAGCAUAUUGGAUGGAGAACAUAUUUAACCUUUUUGGCCUUGAGAUUAACAUGAUUGGAUUACUCCUUGCUAGUUUUGCUGUCUUGAAUGCUAUUUCGCUGCUCUAUGUGACAUCACUUGCCGCCUGUAUACUUAUGACUCGGCAUACUAUUCGAAAACUCUGGCCAAUAUUUGUUCUCUCAUUUGGUUCUGUUCUCAUCCUUGAAUAUUUGACAAUUUGGAUGGGCAUGGUAGACUCAAAGCAGCAGUUCCCAAAAAUAGCAAAAAGGCCUUGCCACGAAUGUUGGAAGAACUCUGCCCUGUUCUUUGAACACUGCAAAAAAUGCUGGUUAGGAAUCAUUGUUGAUGAUCCCAGAAUGCUUAUCAGCUAUUACAUGGUUUUCAUGCUUUCAUGUUUGAAACUGCGUGCUGAUUACAUGUCUAACCCUUCGGGAAUGCAUACUUACUGGCAAGUGAUAAUGCAAAGCAGAAUGGCCGCUGCCUUUAGUGAUCUCUCUUUUGAAACUAAGAGCAUGUGGACAUUUCUUGACUAUCUGAGGCUUUAUGGCUACUGUCACUUGCUGGAUCUUGUCCUUGCCUUAAUACUGAUCACAGGAACACUUGAGUAUGAUAUCCUUCACCUAGGUUAUCUUGGUUUUGCUCUGGCAUUCUUCCGUCUGAGGCUUAAGAUACUAAAAGAAAGAAACAAAAUCUUCAAAUUCUUGCGUAUAUACAACUUCAGUUUGAUUAUUCUUUCUCUUGCUUAUCAAUCUCCUUUUGUUGGAGAUUCUAAUGAGGGAAAAUGUAAGACAACUGAUUACAUACAUGAAGUUAUUGGCUUUUACAAAUAUGAUUAUGGCUUUCGAAUCACAUCAAGAUCUGCCGUUGUGGAGAUUAUCAUCUUUAUGUUGGUAUCCCUACAAUCACAUAUUUUUUCAUCCCCGGAGUUUGAUUUUGUAUCUAAGUAUCUUGAAGUAGAGCAGAUUGAUGCCUUAAUUCGAGAACAGGAGAAGAGAGCUUCCUGGAAGACAGCACAGUUGCAGCACAUCCGUAAAUCAGUAGAGGAGAAGCGCCUUCGCAAUUUGCAAGUGGAGAAUAUUAAAUCGGAGAUGCUUAAUCUACAAAUCAAUCUUCACAGCUUGAGCACCAAUGCAACCUUAAGUAGCGCUUCUCUGGGAAGUCAAGGCCAACAAGGGAGACUGAAUUCAUUUUCAUAUCACCAAAGUAGUAACUUGCAAAAUGAUGAGGCUAAUGUGAAAAAGAAUGGACAAGAUUCUUACUCUUUGUUUCCCUUUGACACAAGUUCAUUAAAAGGCCUGAGAAGGGGAAGCCUGGGCGUGGACUCUAUGAAUGCUUCCAUGGGUUCUUCGCAAGAGAUCUCUGAGCUAAAUGAAACAUCCAGUUACCUAUUUCCAGGACUGGAAGAAGAUUACACAGAAUAUAAUAAAAGUAAGCAUAACUUGUUAAUUUCAGCAUUUCACCUUGUGGGGGAUGGUGUUUCUCAUGCACGAUCUUUUGGUAAGAAGGCAGUUAGGAAUCUUGUUAACUUUUUCAAUAUCGAAGAUGAACUGGAUCUAAAUGAUAAUGCCUCUGAGAAUGAGGUUUAUUAUGAGCUCGAGAGUCAGAAUAUAGGAUUUGAUCCUGUGGAGCAGAUGCAUUCUUUUCAUUCUGCUAGUGACAAAACUGUAUCUGAUGCUACAUGUCUGCAAAUUGGAAUGAUUUUUCGUUUUAUGUGGGUCCAGAUGCGAGCAAACAAUGACAUUCUCUGCUAUUGUUGCUUCGUUCUGAUAUUUCUGUGGAACUUCAGUUUGCUUUCCAUUGUUUACCUUGCUGCACUAUUCUUAUAUGCUUUAUGUGUAAAUACUGGCCCUAGUUACAUUUUCUGGUUCAUCAUGCUAAUAUAUAGUGAAAUCUGCAUCUUGCUCCAAUAUCUAUACCAAGUCAUUAUCCAACAUUGUGGGCUGGGCAUCGAUACAAGUUUCCUUGAGGAACUGGGAUUCCCUGAUCAUCGAAUCAGGUCAUCAAUUGUAAUAAGCAACUUGCCUCUAUUUCUGGUGUACCUCUUUACGCUCAUACAGACUUUCAUCAGUGCAAGAGAGGGUAAAUGGGCAUCUAUUACAGAGUUUGGUUCUCUUGGGCCAAAAAAGAAAGAUCCUAAGGUGUCCACAUCGACUCCAUAUUGGUUGGAGCAAGUAUAUAAACUGCUUUUACCGGUAAAAGAUGCAAUGGAAAAGAUUAUUAGGAGUCUAUAUUGGUACUGGAAAUCAGUAACAAAAGGAGCAGAAACUCCACCUUACUUUGUGCAGUUGUCCAUGGAAGUUAAAGUGUGGCCAGAAGAUGGGAUUCAGCCGGAAAGAAUUGAGUCAGGUAUAAACAAGUUGUUAAAAGCUGUUAUUGACAUGAGAUCCCAGGACACUAGACAGAAUGGACCCCAUAUGCCGAGUAGAGUACGUAUUCAGAGCAUUGAAAGAAGUACUGAAAACCCUUCUGUUGCUUUGGCUGUUUUUGAGGUUGUGCUUGCCUCCUCGAUGGAAGGAUCAGUCCCUAUGAAACUUUACAAGCCAUUAACUCCUGCAGCUGACAUAGCAAAAGAAAUUUUAAUCGCUCAGCGUACUGGGAUUUUUGAAGAAAUAGGAUUUCCUUACCCUGUGCUCUCUGUGAUUGGUGGUGGAAAAAGAGAUAUCGAUCUAUAUGCAUUUGUUUUCUGUGCAGAUUUAGCUGUUUUCUUCUUGGUUGCCAUUUUUUACCAAUCAGUGAUAAAAAAUAAGAGUGAGCUUCUUGAAGUCUACCAGUUAGAAGAUCAAUUUCCAAAAGAGUUUGUGUUUGUUCUAAUGGUAAUUUUCUUCUUGAUUAUGAUUGAUCGUAUUAUCUACCUCUGCUCAUUUGCAACUGGAAAAGUCAUUUCCUAUCUUUUUAGCCUUUUUCUCUUUACAUACUCGACAACAAAAUAUGCUUGCGGCAUGCAGCCAUCUCACCAACAUGCUGGAAAAUUUGCCCUCCGUGCUAUCUACUUGACUAAGGCAAUAUCUCUAGCACUUCAGGCUAUACAGAUCCGCCACGGGCUUCCCCAUAAAAGCACUUUAUAUCGGCAAUUUUUAACCAGUAGUGUUUCAAAAGUUAACUUUCUAUGUUUUCGGCUUUACCGAGCUCUGCCAUUUCUUUAUGAACUGCGAUGUGUCCUUGACUGGUCUUGCACAACUACAUCUUUGACAAUGUAUGAUUGGUUAAAGUUGGAGGACAUUUAUUCAAGUCUAUUUCUGGUCAAAUGUAAUGAGGAUUUGCACAGAGUCAAGCAUCACCAGGGACAAAAGCAAAGCAAAAUGACAAAAUUUUGCAACGGAAUAUGCUUGUUCUUAGUUUUGAUAUGUGUUAUAUGGGCUCCAAUGCUGAUGUACAGCAGUGGCAACCCAACGAAUAUUGCAAAUCCUAUCAAGGAUGCGAGUGUUCAGAUUGAUAUAAGGACAAUCAGUGGAAAAUUGACCUUGUUUGAGACAACACUUUGCAGAAAGCUGUCUUGGAAUGAACUUGACACUCUAGUUGAUCUGGAUCCUCUGGAUUUAUUAAGUUCGUAUAAUGAGAAAGAUAUCCAAUUAAUAUGUUGUGAAGCAGAUGCUAGUGCAUCAUGGCAUGUCCCUCCUGUUGUUCAAGCAAGAUUCAUUCAGUCUAUUAAUUAUAGUAUGAACGUUGUGUUCCACUGGCAAUUCACGAGGGAUAGGCCAAAAGGAAAAGAGGUGGUAAAUUAUGACAUACACAUUCAAGAUGCAGAUCUUCCAAAACCAGAGGAAGUAAUGCAAGUCCUAAAUGGUACUCUUAACAGUUUCAGGAUAUAUAAUCUCUACCCAAGAUACUUCAGGGUCACUGGAUCUGGUGAUGUGCGAUUUAUUGAACAACCGGUAAAUUUAGUUACAGGUGACCUGGUACUCCAUCGAGGUGAUCCAGAAUGGUGGUCCUUCCAUGAUUUAGAUGUCUCAGAUAGAAGUGGCUGCGGAGAACUGGCUGGACCUAUGGCUGUUAUUGUAUCUGAAGAAACUCCACAAGGUAUAAUCGGUGAUACGUUGAGCAAAUUCAGCAUAUGGGGUCUUUACAUAACCUUUGUGCUUGCGGUUGGCCGUUUCAUCAGACUUCAGUGUUCUGAUCUCAGGAUGAGAAUUCCAUUUGAGGAUCUCCCCUACUGUGACAGAUUGAUUGCAAUUUGUGAGGACAUCUAUGCUGCAAGAGCAGAGGGUGAGCUUGAAGUUGAAGAGGUCCUUUACUGGACACUGGUGAAAAUUUAUCGGUCCCCUCACAUGCUGCUUGAAUACACUAAACGCGACUAAUCCUGCGCGAGUUGCUGAACAGGAAUCAAUGGCAGUUUUCAUCCAGCUACAAUGCUGACUUUAUUAUCACCACUAUAGAGGACGGAUUGACAUUUUGCCUAAUGCUGUUGCUGCAAGCCAAACAAUUGAAACAAAUUCCUGGAAAGUUGGAAUACGGCAUUGUGUAAAGUGGCCUCCAUGAAGCUGUUAAUCGGGAUUUCAGGAUUGCUCAAGUGUUCUUCCAAUUGGUAAUUGAUGAGAGUACAAGGAAACUAUUUCUGCAAUCACCAAAUAUCAUUUAUCACUGUCCUGAAUGGAGCUCUUCUUUGUUUUAGAGGUUGAUUUCAGCUGAUUGCAGAAGUCUUCUUCGAAGUGGUAAUCGACUAAAGAACCAGGAAAUUGUUUCUCCAAUCUAUGAAGCUGCAUCCAACUGAUAAAAUCUUGCAGCUUUUGUAGCUCAAAUCUUUGCCUGAUGACAUUCUUGAUAAUUGGAAAGAUGAUAGCUGAACCCCUUCUUUAGUUGAUUCAUUAAAUUUGGCAGAUAAAUUACAUUCAUGUUCACCAC